UUUUUACACGCUUGUCUCACGCCCCACUCCUCGGUCCUUCGCUCGAUGACAGGUCGGCCCCACCGCGAGGCCAAACAAGCUACUCCUGCCCCUCCGCCCGCCAGCCCGCCGCGGAGCGCGCCCAAAUGCUCCUCCUCCCUUCGCACCGCCACCGCCCUCCCCCGCGCCGCGGAGGGAACGGCAGCGGCGCCGCCGAACUCGCCUCGCGGAUCGCGGGACGCCUCCUCGUCCUUGCCCUCGUUGUGGCCGCGGCCGUGCUCUGGUCCUCCUCCUCACGCGCGAGCAACCGUCAUCACAACGAGGAAGGCGGCAGCCGCCAGAUCCUGCCCGGGGGCGCGCCGCCGAGGGUAACGAUCUUCUCCGCCCCGCGACCGACGCCGGAGGGCUUUCCCGCGCGGCAGGAGCUGGCGGUGCGCUCCUGGCUGGCGCUCCCGGGGAACGUCAGCGUCGUGCUCCUCGGCGCCCACCCCGCGGUGGUCACGCUCGCCUCGCGGCUCGGGCGCCGGGUCACCGUCGAAGCCGCCGUCGAUUCCUCGUUCACGGGUACGCCAUUCUUCCACUCGAUGGUCGCAAGAGCACAGGCUGCUGCUGAUUCUGACAUUAGCGUUCUUGUUGAUGCCGAGAUUGUUCUACUUCCUGAAAUUGUUAACGCGUUGACACAAUUCAGCAAGAUUGAUCGUGAUUGGUUCCUUGUUGCAAUGCCACGUAACAUCACCGAUUUCCACUACCAGCUCGCUGACAAUGGAAGCCAUUGGUUAAAAGCAGAUGGCAAAGAAGUGAGCUUCAAUAAGCUGCAGGAGAUUCCAGCUGACAAGUGGGUAGCAGAAAGCUCUGACAGGGGGGUCAUCAUGGCGUGGAACAAUCCGAGGAGUCCUUUACAUGCAGGAGUUCUACCUUCUUUUCUGAAUGGAAGAGGGGUACACUAUAGGUGGCUGGCACAUGAGGUUUUAUCAUCUGAGAUGAGGCUCAUCUUUGACGCAAGCAGUCUAGUACUUGGGUUGUAUCCUGAAAGUUCCAGCUCUAAUCAAGACAUGAACUCUAGCAAGAAUGGCAGAUUACCUUCUGGAUCCUGGGAGUAUAGUGUCAAUCACCAUCUUGCCGCAGUUUAUGGGUCGUAUUGCUAUCAGUUAUCAAGAAGGCACUUUACCAUGCUGUAUAAUGUGGUAAAGCAUUAUGAAGAUUAUAUGUUAAGCAAAGUUGACGAGCUCACCUUGUCAAAUUUAGUCAUUGGCAAUGAAGAAAAUGCCCACGGAGAAGGAGGCAGCCUAUGGAGGAAAGAAAACAAUUGCUUGUCCGGACACGAUCACAGAUAUUCUUCUGAGACCUCAGCACCAGUUGAUCUUCCAUAUUCUUUAAGCAUGCUCCUUGAGCUUGCUGCUGAUAAGAAUAGGUCUGUUGUUCUUGGUGUGGCUGGAGCAAGUUACAGGGACAUGCUAAUGAGUUGGACGUGCCGCUUGCGUCAUCUUGGAGUUACAAAUUUUAUAGUUUGUGCCUUAGACAAUGAGACCUAUGAAUUCUCAGUUUUGCAGGGUUUGCCAGUUUUCAGAGAUCCAUUAUCACCAAAUAAUGUUAGCUUUGAUGACUGCCACUUUGGAACCCAGUGUUUUCAACAAGUGACAAAAGUGAAAUCACGGAUUGUUCUUGAUAUAUUAAGACUGGGAUAUAAUGUGCUGUUGAGUGAUGUUGAUGUUUAUUGGUUUAAUAAUCCAAUGCCAUUCCUGUACUCUCUUGGCCCUGCUACAUUUGGAGCACAAUCUGAUGAAUACAACGAGACAGGGCCAAUAAAUUUGCCACGUCGAUUGAAUUCAGGACUUUACUUCGCUCGCUCAGAUGGCGUGACCCUCACUGCAAUGGAGAUGAUAGUAAAACAUGCAACCAAUUCAGGAUUAUCUGAGCAACCGAGUUUUUAUGAUGUCCUGUGUGGGAAAGAUGGAAGAAAUCGCAUUGGUGACAACAAAUGCCUGGAGCCCAACACAAACUUAACUGUUGUUUUCCUGAACCGGGACUUGUUCCCCAAUGGAGCUUACAAGGGUCUAUGGGAGAAGCAUGAUGUGCAGUCAGUUUGCAAGGAGCUUGGUUGUUUCAUCAUACACAACAAUUGGAUAAAUGGGAGGAAGAAGAAGCUCCAGCGCCAAAUGUCCUCUGGGCUGUGGGACUAUGAUCCUAGCUCUAGGCUGUGCUUGCAGGAUUGGAGUGAUAAAAGUAGCUUCACAAUGGCGAGCCAAUUUCAUCUUUUUGAGGACAUUGGCAGUUAGUGACUUACACCCAUGUACCGAUGAUGCCUGCAGAAUCUUCUACGGUGGAAAUGCAGAAUGUUCAGAUAUAUGUCUAUAAUUUUGUCCCCUGUUCUAUGAUGACAUGCUGCUCAAUGCCUCAACAAAUAGUGGAAUGGGGGCUUCUUGCCACAUUGAUUUCGAACAUGUUCAAGGAUUAAUGGAUCAUUUGUUUCUGUG